AUGGUUGGAGUCCGCGGCAAGUACAAGGGAUGCGAGACAUGCAGGGCUCGAAGAGUCAAGUGCGAUAACGAACGGCCACACUGCCGCAAGUGUAUCGAUAGCGGCCGCGAAUGUGCUGGCUACGAACGAGAAAUGGUCUUCAUCACCGCAACCAUAGACGACGCAGGCCGCUGCUCAUCACACCCGCCCCGCCAAGUCCAGUCGUCUUCUUCCAGGAGUUCUAGGAGAAGCCAAACCGUGGACGAGGUUCCUCGCUUGGUACCGACAGAACCGUUGAUGCCGGCAUGGGAUGAUUUGGUUUCCGUAUCCGACAACGGUGUCGUAUACUCGAUACAGAUCGCGGCAUUGCACACCAGGUUCCAGAACAUCCUGAGGGGACCCGAAGGGCAAAGCCAAGUAAAGUUCCGGAUGGCCCUACCGCCAUACUCACCAGUUGAUAUGGAGACAUGGGAUAACGGCUGCAACAUGGACCUAAAUGCGCAGAACAUGGUCAGUCUGCUGCCAUCGGGGAAUGACAACGGAGCCCCCGAAGGUCUUUGCGUAUUUUUAUUCGAGCAAAAUCCAUCCUUUUUGGUGACCAACGGCAUGACACCCUGGAGUGUCCCCCAAGAGCAUAUGGACGUCGUCAAGAAGCUUGGACCGGAACAAUUUCGUCAAUUCCCAGCCCAUCACUAUUUUGUCAGGGUAUAUAGGUGUAAUGCUAUCAUACUCGCUCUCUUACACCGAAAGACGACGUUUCUUUCUUCAUUCGAAUGGUGCACUACACCGUGGGAACAGCACCCCAAGACGUUUCUCGACAGGCUCUUUGACAUCAUCGCCGGGUUGCCUGGCAUCUUCUCUCGCGUCGACCGAACGGUACCCUUUGCUGCAACCUUGCAGCGUCGAUUAAAGGCACAGGAACUGUUGGAGAGCUGCUUGGAAAUCGAACGGAGGCUGGAGGAGUGGGAGUCGUACGCCCGCGCGCCUACUGCCGAGCACCCGUAUGCGUACUGGAUAGAAGAGCCGGAUGAUCCAGAUGCGCAGCAGCUACCCUUUGCAGACAACUUUGCCUUCAAGGACGGUGCGUCGUCCGUCAUGUUCCUGUACCACUGGAUGACACUGCUGCUCCUCCACCGCUGCAUCGAGUGCCUGCACCACACCAUUUUCCAGCCUAUCAUCGAGGACUUUCCCAACAUGUACCCGGAUCUGCCUCCGAAUCUGCAGAUCAAUCUGGGGAGGUACCAACAGAGGCGGGAGUUUGCGUCAAGAAUCUGCAGGGCACUCGACUUUGCGCUGUCAACAACAGUUCAGCCGGACAUGUUGGUUGCACCACUAGCCGUGGCCAUGGAGUUCUAUCGCGAGAUCAAUGCGUCGUCAAGGGACGGCGAGCUCGAGAUUAUGUGGUGCGAGAGCUUCAGGCUGCGUUUGACCUCCAAAGGUCACGAUAUUGCCAACGUUCUGAGCCAGCUGGCUACUCGCUCCGUCUGCCUGACGAUUGAAAAGGGGAGUAACGGGUCCGAUCAAAACAUGGUGGAAGAGGAUAUCGGUGGACUGCCACCCCAUAUCCUGCCAUGUAUUGUUAAUAUUAAGGUGCUCAUUUACACACAACCUGGACGUUGCUGCUUGCCUGAGCUUCUGGCGGGAGCUCCUGGAGCUUUUCAGCCUUUCCCACGCCAGCAGGCGCCAAAGCUUCGUCAGACCUGCAGCCUGCCUCUCUUGACCUUACCUUACCUCACUACUCCAUCCACCCUCGACCGACCGCACCUCUUCAACCACGGCGAUUGUCCCACAACAUCCAAGCAAAUCGUCAAUCCACUUACCACCACACAUAUCUCCGAUAAUCCGUCCCUCAAUCAGUCAGUCACCAUGGCUUCAGGAUACGACAGAGCGUUGUCCGUCUUCAGUCCUGAUGGACACGUUUUCCAGGUCGAGUACGCUGGCGAAGCUGUCAAGAGAGGAACGUGUGCGGUCGGCGUCAAGGGUACAGAUGUCGUCGUCCUCGGAUGCGAAAAGCGAUCAGCCAUGAAGCUGCAAGAUACCCGAAUUACCCCCUCCAAGAUUCAGCUCCUCGACACCCACGUCUGCCUGGCAUUCGCCGGAUUGAACGCCGAUGCUCGUAUCCUCGUCGACAAGGCGCGGUUAGAGGCACAGUCCCACAGACUGACCGUUGAAGACCCCGCCUCCAUCGAGUACAUGACCAAGUACGUUGCUGGUGUCCAGCAACGGUACACACAGAGUGGUGGUGUCCGUCCCUUUGGUAUCAGCACCUUGAUUGUCGGGUUCGACAGCGGCAGCAAGGUCCCCCGCCUUUACCAGACCGAGCCCUCUGGCAUCUUCUCCGCAUGGAAAGCCAACGCCAUCGGCCGUUCCAGCAAGACCGUUCGCGAGUUCCUCGAGCGCAACUACAAGGAGGAUAUGGACAGAGAGGCUACCAUCCGACUCGCCAUCAAGUCUCUUCUCGAGGUUGUCCAGACCGGAGCCAAGAACAUUGAAAUCGCGUUGAUGGCACCGGGCAAGACGAUUGAGAUGCUGCCCGUGGAGGAGAUUGAGAACCACGUCAAGAGCAUCGAGCAAGAGAAGCAAGAGGAGGCGGCCAAGAAGAAGACUGGACGCACACCCGGCACCGGAAGCGCGGCGAUCCUCACGAGAGGCUCGGGCUCGGGUGACGGUGAUGAGUAA